AUGUUAUCAAAAUUCGAAAAAUCCAAAAACUUAAAUAAUUUAAAUUCAUCAAACUAUAAUAAAAAAUAUCAAAAUGAGAAUUAUAAAAAAGUCAAAUAUAUUACUGUGAAAGGAAUGGGCAAAACUAUAGAAAAAACAUUGAAAAUAGCAAUGAAUUAUCAAAAUGAUCAAAAUUAUAAAGUUGAUAUUUUAACUGGUUCAGUACAAGUAUUAGAUGAAUUUGAGAAAAGUCAUACAAGUCAAAUUGAUUCAAUUGAAGAUGCUGUUGAUAACACUAUUUGCACUAAAGAUUCUAUUGAAGAAAAUCAUUUUGAUGGACCUGAAAGGGAAUAUCAAAAGAGAAUGGUUAGUUAUGUUGAAGCAAGGGUUUGGUUGAAACGUGAAUAA